AGUCUCAGUUUCAGUUUGGAAUCCAUCACAUUCGUACACGGGGCUGUCAUCCGGUCGUAGUUUGAGUUCCAGCUCCAGCAAAAUGUUCUCCGAUCCGCCACAAGAGGCAAAGGCCACCCAGACGGAGGCACAGCCAGACCCCUUGCCCGUCUGCACCCCGCUCUUGAUGGUGGACGAGGACGGGCGCAAAAGGUACUGCUACCACGGCGGCAAGUGCAAGUGCAACCAGUGCGCAAAAAUCCGGGCGGAGCAGAACCAGAAGUUGGACCAAGAAUUGCUCUCCUACCUCCCACCUUCGCGUUUUAAGCUUGAGGUUCCGAUCCGGUACGCCAAGCCGAAGCAGUACCGCCUUGAGGCGCGACGAGCUGUACCGGAGCUGGCCAAGGAGCUACGCGAGGAUCACGAACGGCUGAGAGAGAUGUACCCCACAUACUACCUGCCGGACAGAUACUUCAGCAAAAACGCCUUCAAGGUACCUGGGCCGCAGCACAAGGACACCCAGACAGAUAUCCCGAUUGGUCGCUACGGAAUCGAUGGAUGUCCUUGUGCGAAUAAGAAUCUCUGUUACGAUCUUUAGUCUUGGCGCCAUAGUUGGGUAGAAUAAACGAAUGCCGUGUUUGAAAAGA